AAGCUUCGAAAACCCCAAAUCCAUUAGUAAAUCCUAAACUUAUACCGACAAUUUUUGCUUAUAUAGAUGAUUUGAUAAAAUUAUCAAACGAACUAGUUAAAUCAAUGAGGUUCUCACCAUUCCCAUCAUCCAAUAAUCUACAAUACAUUUUGGAGUUUAUCAAAAAUAUGCAAAAAAUCAUCGAAAAAGCAGGAAUGCUAUCAAGAAAGCAAAUAAAAAUGUUCUAUAUAGAAAAUUUGUUCAGGUAA